CCACCUAAUGUUGCUGAGGAUCCUCCUCGUCUCCCUCGCCGUCGCCCAGGCAAAGGACGUGCCGAACGGCCACGAGAUCGAGGCGCCCGGCCUCGCAAGCAGCCAGACCAGUUGGGUCGACCUCACCCGCAAAAUCACAAUGGUGAUGAAGAACGGUGCCGGCGACGACCACGUCGCGCUCGCGGUCACAGGCCACCGCCGCAAGCUGGACCAUGACGAAUGCGCCGAUGGCUCGUCGGUUUUGGACUAUAACCACGGCUCCUGCGGGAUCUUCUGGAAGAAGUCGCACUGCUGGUAUGAAUUCGCCGACACGCCUAAGGCGAACGAUCCCAUGCUCGCCUACCUUCGUGACGAAGAAGUGUGCCUUUCACCGUUCUGGGCGAACGCGAACGACGUUUGCUGCGUCACCGACACCGGCGCGGUCGUGGGAGCAGCCGUCGGCGGUGCCGUGGGCCUUCUCCUCGUCGUGGGCGCCAUCCUCUACUGCUCCAUCUUCCUCGCAUGCUGCGCAUGCUGCCCGUGCAACAAGAAGAAGGGCCAGGCCUAGUAAGGGCCAGAGGGCGAAGGCUCUUUCUGCAUGUCAGCAGCGGGUCGCGCUUAACCCCACGAGAGAGAUACUGUUCGCGGUGUUGUGGCGUUGCCAGGGGAAGGGCCACGGUCUAGCUUGGUCAUCGCACGGCUCGGCCCGGAAUGAAUCUUGAAUGUUGACGGCAGGGAUGACCAGAAAGAAAGAAAGAAAAC